ACCUCCCCCCUCUUUCUCUCCAUGUGAAAAUUUCUAAAACAAUUGCGACAAUAAAAUCCCAUCAAUUUCUCGACUUGCCUUUUUCUGCUCAUUUCACACGCCUAAAUAGAAACUUUCUUUCGUUUUGAUCCCCUUCCUUCUAGAACUCUCUCACUAGGACAUCUUUCUCUUCGGGGCUCCAUUUCUUGAACUUCCGGCGUGCCAGUGCAAUAAUACUCCCGGCAAGGCUGCAAUUUGAGGGUUUCUCGUCUGCUUUAGUUUGGGUUUAAGUUGAUUGUAGUUGAGCAGUUGAACUUGUGUGAUUGGGGAGAGAUCUGCUGGAGGGGAGUAUUGAAGAAUUGCGGGGGUUUUGGAUCCGAUCGCUGGGGAAACAGCGCCACUAGAUGGCGCUGUUCAGGCGCUUCUUUUACCGGAAGCCGCCAGAUAGGCUCCUCGAAAUCUCUGAACGGGUCUACGUGUUUGAUUGCUGCUUCUCCACUGAUGUGUUGGACGAAGACAUGUUUAGAUCUUACAUGGGCGGUAUCGUAGCUCAACUACAAGACUAUUAUCCCGACUCUUCUUUCAUGGUAUUUAACUUCAGAGAAGGCGACAGGAGAAGCCUAAUAUCUGACAUCUUAUCCCCAUAUGAUAUGACUGUUAUGGAUUAUCCUCGGCAAUAUGAAGGGUGUCCAAUAUUACCAUUAGAAAUGAUCCACCACUUCUUGCGGUCCAGUGAGAGUUGGUUGUCACUUGAAGGCCAACAAAAUGUGCUGCUGAUGCACUGUGAGAGAGGAGGAUGGCCUGUGCUGGCCUUCAUGCUUGCAGGACUUCUUUUGUACAGAAAGCAGUACAGUGGUGAGCAGAAGACACUUGAAGUGGUAUAUAAACAAGCACCAAGGGAACUUCUUCAUCUUUUAUCUCCUUUGAAUCCACAGCCAUCCCAGCUAAGAUAUCUCCAAUAUAUCUCUAGGAGAAACCUUGGUUCCGAUUGGCCACCAUCAUACACACCUCUAGUUUUAGAUUGUAUCAUACUCAGGGUCAUCCCCGUGUACGAGGUUGGAAGGGGUUUCCGACCAGUGGUUCGUGUUUAUGGUCAGGAUCCUUCUUCAACUAAAUCUAACAGAAGUUCCAAGCUCUUGUUUUCAACUCCAUGUUCAAAAAAACAUUCUAGAUUCUACCGGAAGGUAGAGUGCGAACUAGUUAAAAUAGAUAUCCACUGCCAUGUCCAGGGGGACAUUGUCCUUGAGUGCAUACAUUUGGAUGACAAGCUUGGAAGGGAAGAAAUGGUGUUUAGAGUCAUGUUUCACACAGCUUUUAUAAGGUCAAAUGUUUUGAUGCUAAGUCGCGAAGAUGUUGAUGUCUUGUGGGAUGCGAAAGAGCAGUUUUCCAAGGACUUUAGAGCAGAGGUACUCUUUUCGGAUGUGGAUUCCGAUCCUCCUGUUUUAUCAACUGAAGCAUCAAAUGAAGGUGAAAAUGAGACGGGAAGUGCCUCACCCGAUGAGUUUUAUGAGGUUGAAGAGAUUUUCAGCAAUGUUGCUGAUGGGCAGGAUGUAAGGGGCGACUUAGAUAACCGCAAACCAGUGAGUAAGCUUGAUGAUGAGUGCCAGGAAGUAGUUUGGAAGGAGGAAUUGGACCAUCACACUUUCCAAGAUUGUGCAUCUGAAGAAGGCAAUCACAGGCGUGAUGCUAGGAUUGAUCCUAUUCAUCCUGAAGCAGAUGCCAACAUUAUGGGUGAUGAGUAUGUUUUGUUAGAGGCUGCUGAUGUGUUUCCCAAUGAUUCUGGUAAUGUGGAAACAAGAGCAGUACUUUUGGGUGUUUGUGAGGAAUCACUAAAAGUGGGAUAUAAGCAGUACGGUGAAAUUGCACUCUCACAGAAGAAGCUAGACAGGCAUGGUUCAGAACAUAAGACUGGAGGUGAAAUUAAUAAUAACCAAAAGUCUGACAAUGCACCUUUGGCUGCUUCAAAUAAACAAUUAGCAAAAUCAAAACCUUCAUCAGAUGCCAUUGCAAAUAACACAUCUAAACAACAAGAAUCUCAGGGGAACCUUUCAAGACAGGCUAAGCCAAAUGUAGUAUCCCGAUGGAUCAUUCCUAAUAAAGACUCGUAUACCAAUUCAAUGCAUAUAUCACACCCACCGUCAAGGUAUAACAGCGCUCCACCUGCAUUUGUGCUUGCUAAGGAUUCUCAGUCAAGUGGAAAAUCAAAAUUAUCAUCCCUCUGUACUUCUACAGAUGCUGCUGCUUCAGAGAAUAUUAAUACUGAAGCAGCUGGUUGUGCACCUUGUUCUCCUUUGACGGGCAUUAUGAUGCCUCAAGUGGAAUUAAGUCCCCUUUCAACGUCUCCCGCAGUUGAGAGCCAGGACCUACGAGAGUCGUCACUUCCACUUCCAGAUCAGCAUACCAGUUCCCCAUCCUCUCAAGUCUUAUGUAGGCUAGAAGGUUGUGGUGUCUCACCUUCUCCUCCAUUCCAACAGUUCACCUUUCAAGAAAGUAGUGUAACAAAUUCUACUACUUACCGACCUCCUCCUCCCCCUCCUCCACCCCCUUUGCCCCUGUUUUCUACUCGUAUUACUGUCUUAACCUCAUCACCACCAACUCCUACCUCACCUUGUCCCAUCUCUACACCAACUACUGUGACAAAUUGGAUUAAUGUAGCUUCUUCUGUGGCACUAUCAAAGUCCGUGCCAAAUGCACCACCGCCCCCUCCUCCACUAUUACUUUCAUCAUCCAUAGUAAAAUCUGCUAUUAGGAGCACCGCCUCCGCCUCCACCUCCAAGUCGUGGAGGAGCACCACCACCGCCUCCGCCUCCAAGUCGUGGAGGAGCACCACCACCGCCUCCUCCUCCAAGUCAUGGAGGAGCACCUCCACCACCACCACCUCCAAGUCGUGGAGGAAUACCACCAACGCCUGCUCCAAAUCGUAAACUGCCAAUCAAUGGAGCACCACCUCCCCCACCGCCUCUAAGGGGUUGUUCACCUGGCCCUCCACCACCACCAGGAGCUCCAAGACCUCCCAGUGGUGCACCUCCUCCACCUGGGAGAGGCAUUUCCCCUGGUAAAGCACGUGGACCUUAUGGGAGAGCACCUCCUACUGUAGCCCCUCGAAGAUCGACCUUGAAGCCACUGCAUUGGAGUAAGGUAACCAGGGCAGUACAAGGAAGCUUGUGGGAGGAAUUACAGAGAAACGGAGAACCUCAAAUGGCACCCGAGUUUGAUGUUUCAGAACUCGAGACCCUUUUCUCUGCCGUAGCCCCAAAGUCAGAUAAAGGUGACAAAAGUGGAGGACGACGAAAAUCUCUUGGAUCUAAGCCUGAUAGGGUUCAUCUGGUUGAUUUGAGAAGGGCCAACAACACUGAAAUUAUGCUAACGAAAGUGAAGAUUCCACUUCCAGACAUGAUGGCUGCUGCAUUGUCUAUGGAUGAGUCCAUCUUGGAUGCUGAUCAAGUAGAAAAUCUAAUUAAGUUCUGUCCCACAAAGGAAGAAAUGGAACUUCUUAAGAAUUACACAGGUGACAAGGAUAAUCUGGGGAAGUGUGAACAGGUAUGCCCCUAUAUGGUAUUCUGCUGUACUGUAUUGCGUUUUGUGUGUCUGGAAGAGUUUGUAUUUUCAACAGUUACCCUUCCAUAUACUUUUUUUUAUUGGUAGCACUCACUGCACUCAGGCUGUAUUUUUUACUCGGCACCACUCUAUAGAGAAAUAUUCUUUCUAUGAUUAAAACUAAAAUGUGCACACAUUUUAAUGCAAUGAUCAAAUGAAGUCCAAAAGGAUCAUAUAAUUGUUGAUCUUGAAUCUAACAGUUGUGACUUGUGAGUUGUGAGACUUAAUAUCAAUGGAUGAGUAUCUUUCUUUGGGUUCCGUUGCAACUAUAUAAAUACACAGAAACACACACAUGUUUGUAUUCACAGACACACAAUCUGUCUCAUAUAUGUACACACACAUAAAGUGUGUGUGAGAGGAGAGUUAAUGCUACACCAAUUAUUUAUACUUCAAUUCUUACCACACUUAUAUCUUUCACCUGUUUUCCUACAAAACCCACAAUAGAAUCCAAUACAUAAAUCAUCUUCUACUUCAGGACAAUCCAAAGUUAUAAGUUGUUUCACACAAAAUUGACUAACUCAUAGUAUAUUCUUAUGUUUUGUAACUAGCUAUUACAUUGUUUGUUCUAUUGAGUGAAGUACAGAAAUGUUUUUGAUGGUUAUGGAAUUUUAGGAGAAUAAUUUUAUGGUGGGUUUCACACGAAGAAAAUUCAAGUGGUCGUAAGAAUUGAUGUAUUAAUAAUAGUUAUAACUUAACUAUCUACUUUUCCACUGACAUUGUUAACACUUCAAUGACAUUAUCAUUCCCAUUCUUAACACUAACCUUUCAAGUCCCCAGGAUUUUCAUUUCUCAGUUGCCCACUCCAAACAGGAACACACUAUUAGUGUGUCAACUAAUUUCUCCUUAUAUUCAUUGUGAAUUAAAUAUGCUCUAAUUAG